AUGGACAAAGUGUACGACAGACUUUAUCUGGGCGCCUUAGAAGAUGUUUUCAAAAUAACUACGAUGAAGGAAGCGGGAAUAUCACAUAUUCUUUCCAUUCUCGACCGAUCGUUGCCCGUGUCCAUCCGAAAGCAAUUCACGUGUAAAUAUGUGGAAGUUCUUGAUCUUCCCGAUGAAGAUUUGCUGAGCUAUUUCGAAGAAUGCCUUCGAUUUAUUGAUGAAGGGCGUAACAAUGGAACUGGGGUGUUAGUACAUUGCUUGGUUGGUUGUUCUCGCAGUGCAACUAUUGUGAUAGCUUGGAUGAUGCGAGAAAGACAAAUAAAUGUUGAAGAUGCUGUUAAUUCUGUGAAAGAAUGCCGACCUCGAAUCAGGCCAAAUGAUGGGUUUAAAUUUCAACUGGAAUUGUUCUCUCAGAUGAAUUAUCAAGUAGAUUCCCAAAAUUUACUCUAUAAAAAAUUUAAACUUGAUGCCAUGGUUUUGCAAAUGCAAGAGGGUGAGUCUUUCUAG